GCCCAUUGUCCCGGAAGUGAAUACGGAAGCGCUUCACACCCCCUCAGCCGGCUGGGGCGCAGCCAUUUUAAUUCAUAUCUGAGUGGGCGGUGGCGAUUUUUUGCGGCGGCUCUGGCUCUGAGGGACCGGGGGUAGCGUUACUGGUUUCGGUGGGGUUGUUUUUAGUUUAAUUUUUCCUUUCUAGCUUCCCAUUGCCGGCCUGUGUGUACCUUGUAAUCCCCUGAGGCCAUGUCAGGAGACGCAGCCGCGGAGCAGGCAGCUGAAUAUGUCCCAGAGAAGGUGAAGAAAGCGGAAAAGAAAUUAGAAGAAAAUCCAUAUGACCUUGAUGCUUGGAGCAUUCUCAUUCGAGAGGCACAGAAUCAACCUAUAGACAAAGCACGGAAGACUUACGAACGCCUUGUUGCCCAGUUCCCCAGUUCUGGCAGAUUCUGGAAACUGUACAUUGAAGCAGAGAUUAAAGCUAAAAAUUAUGACAAGGUUGAAAAACUAUUUCAAAGAUGCCUUAUGAAGGUUUUGCACAUUGAUUUAUGGAAGUGUUAUCUUUCAUACGUCAGAGAAACCAAGGGUAAACUGCCAAGUUACAAAGAAAAAAUGGCUCAAGCUUAUGACUUUGCACUGGAUAAAAUUGGAAUGGAAAUUAUGUCCUAUCAGAUUUGGGUGGAUUACAUCAAUUUCUUAAAAGGCGUGGAAGCUGUAGGAUCUUAUGCAGAAAAUCAGAGAAUAACUGCUGUCCGAAGAGUUUAUCAACGAGGUUGUGUUAAUCCAAUGAUCAACAUUGAACAACUCUGGAGAGACUACAACAAGUAUGAAGAGGGUAUCAAUAUUCAUUUAGCUAAAAAGAUGAUUGAAGAUCGGAGUAGAGACUACAUGAAUGCUAGACGUGUAGCAAAGGAAUACGAGACAGUAAUGAAAGGUUUGGAUCGCAAUGCUCCUUCAGUGCCUCCUCAGAAUACUCCUCAAGAAGCUCAGCAAGUAGACAUGUGGAAGAAAUACAUCCAGUGGGAGAAGAGCAACCCUCUUCGUACAGAGGACCAGACCCUGAUAACGAAAAGAGUUAUGUUUGCCUAUGAACAGUGCUUACUUGUGCUGGGCCAUCACCCUGAUAUCUGGUAUGAAGCUGCCCAGUAUCUGGAACAGUCAAGUAAACUACUUGCAGAAAAGGGGGAUAUGAACAAUGCCAAAUUAUUUAGUGAUGAAGCUGCUAAUAUAUACGAAAGAGCCAUAAGCACUUUAUUAAAGAAGAACAUGCUCCUUUAUUUUGCAUAUGCAGAUUAUGAAGAGAGUCGCAUGAAGUAUGAGAAGGUUCACAGUAUAUAUAACAGACUUCUGGCAAUUGAGGACAUUGACCCCACCUUGGUAUAUAUCCAAUAUAUGAAAUUUGCAAGGAGAGCAGAAGGUAUCAAAUCUGGAAGAAUGAUAUUUAAGAAAGCAAGAGAGGAUGCCAGAACCCGCCAUCACGUCUACGUGACUGCAGCACUCAUGGAGUAUUACUGUAGUAAGGACAAAUCUGUUGCCUUUAAGAUUUUUGAAUUGGGACUAAAGAAAUAUGGAGACAUUCCAGAGUAUGUUUUGGCUUAUAUUGACUAUCUCUCUCACCUCAAUGAGGACAAUAAUACUCGAGUUUUGUUUGAAAGAGUUUUAACAUCUGGAAGCCUUCCUCCUGAGAAGUCUGGAGAAAUCUGGGCUCGAUUUCUAGCUUUUGAGAGUAAUAUUGGUGAUUUAGCUAGUAUACUCAAAGUGGAGAAAAGACGGUUUACGGCAUUCAGAGAAGAGUAUGAAGGCAAAGAAACAGCUUUAUUGGUGGACAGAUACAAGUUUAUGGAUUUAUACCCUUGUUCUGCAAGUGAACUCAAAGCACUGGGCUACAAGGAUGUCUCCCGUGCUAAGCUAGCUGCUAUAAUUCCAGACCCAGUUGUAGCUCCUUCCAUAGUGCCUGUUCUGAAAGAUGAAGUGGAUAGAAAACCUGAGUACCCUAAGCCAGACACUCAGCAGAUGAUUCCAUUUCAGCCACGACAUUUAGCACCUCCAGGCUUACACCCAGUCCCCGGUGGAGUGUUUCCAGUGCCUCCUGCCGCUGUUGUGUUAAUGAAACUGCUGCCUCCUCCUAUCUGCUUCCAGGGUCCUUUUGUACAAGUGGAUGAACUGAUGGAAAUUUUCCGAAGAUGCAAGAUACCAAACACUGUUGAGGAAGCCGUGAGGAUCAUCACUGGUGGGGCCCCAGAGCUGGCUGUGGAAGGCAACGGCCCAGUGGAAAGUAGUGCUGUACUGACCAAGGCUGUCAAAAGGCCCAACGAGGACUCAGACGAUGAUGAAGAAAAGGGGGCUGUAGUCCCCCCAGUUCAUGACAUUUACAGAGCACGGCAGCAGAAACGAAUACGAUGAGUCAGCUUAAAAACAUGCCUGCCUCUGAGAGAAAAAACUCUUACCCAGGAUUCCUUUUUUGCCUCUUAAGUCAUAUGUUUUAAAGAGACAACGCUUUGUUACAAGGUUUUGGAAACAAAGUUGUAUUGUCACUGGUGCCUCUGUCAUAUGGUUCUUGAGAAAAAACCCAAGCCUGAGUGGAUGUGAAUUCGGAGCAGACCUGUCCUCUAAGCAAGAUUAGGCUUUAAAUAACAGUACAAAGUGACAACGCCACAGCUGGUUCCUUUUCAAGGGUGUCUUGUAUGUGCCACUUGAAGAUUUGUAAGUUUUCCACAGUUUUAUUUUAAAAACUGGAUGGCUUAUGAUUGUAAAACAUUUUCACAUUUUCUGAAAAACCUAUGUUCUCAGUUUGCUUAUGUAGUCCUGCCUUACUGUUUGUUUUUAUUUAUGGCAGAAUGUAUGGCGACUGUUUUGUAGUUGUAAAUUUUUCAGAGUCCUUUGAAAAAAAUAAAAGGACCUCAAAAACA